AGAAUUAAAUAGUCACAACGAAGAACGUUACUACGGAAGUAUAAAAGGAAGUAUAAGAAACUAUAAGAUGGCUAUACUAUAUAUAAUUUAUUCUAAUUAAAGACUUAUUUUCAAGUAACGAUGAUUUAAAAAAUGUUUUUAUUUAUUAUAAUAAAAAUUUAAAAAAAGUAAAUACGUUUCUUAUUUUUUUAAUCUCUUUUCUUAUUAGAACAUUUAACAAUAGAAAAUAAAAGUAAUAGAAAUAUAAAAAUCAUAUAUAAGUUAUAUAAUUUUAAUUCAAAAUAAUCUUCUUAAUUUUUAUUUGAUCGAAUUAUUUCAUAAUUUCGUUAAAAUAAAGUAAUAAAAAAAAAUAUUAUAAAAAGAUAUUUUAAGAUAUCUAUAAUAUGUUUAUUUAAAAUUACGAUAUAGUCACAAAAACAUGGCGCUGUGUUAUAUGAGAUUGCUUUCUCGAAGAAGCAUUGAUCCUUGUACUUUUCGGAAUUUUUACACUUGCAGCUCACGAAAUAUCGCUGUCUCGAAACCUUUAUUUAAAGAAACUACAAUUUGCGAAACUCAUGAUGAGAAGAAUUUGCGCCUCAAGAGACCUUUGUCACCACAUUUGACUAUUUACCAAAUUCAAUUAACAGCAUUUCUUUCAAUUACACAUCGUACAACAGGCAUGAUAUUAUCAAGUUAUGCUAUGUUAUUUGGUAUAGGAACAUUACUCAUCCCAGGAGGUAUUCCUUGUCUCAUAGAAAUAAUCACAGAAUUAGGUUUAUCUGCUCCUGUUCUUUUUGUAGGAAAAACUUUACUUGCUUUACCUGCUACAUAUCAUACAUUUAAUGGAUUGCGUCACUUGGCUUGGGAUUUGGGAAUGUUCCUCACAAUUAAGGAAGUAUAUAGUACUGGUUAUGCAGUGAUUGCACUAUCAGCAAUUUCUGCUAUUGCUCUUGCUGCUAUAUAAAUUUAGAUAAUUAUAUUAUGUUGUGAUAUAACUUCUAUCAAAAAUUAAUUGUAUUAUUAGAUCAAUAAUAAUCUAUCUUGUACUUUGCGCAAAUUAUAUUAAAUUUAUAACAAAAACAGAACUAGAUGCUAUUAGUAAUUAAUAGAUAUUAUUAAUAAUUAAUUUUUAAUAGUAAUGUAAACAAAUUUAAAAAUGUCAAUUUAUUUAACAAUUAUAUUUAUAUUUGAAUAAUUAUAUUUUAAUAUAAUAUAAUAUGCGAAUAUGUUAAUAAAUAUAUCAUACAAAACCUUCAA